AUGCGGGCAUCAGGCGUUGCCGAAGACGUCACGGAGAAGACCAUCCUGCUGGACGACCUCGCAACCCAAGUGGAUGAGGCCAAGAACGAAGAAAUGCGUCGUGCAAGUACAGAAGAAAGCACAGCAGCACAGUCCAAAGAAGCCGGUGCUCGUGUUCGUGACGUAGCCAUGAAAUCUCAAGGUAAGCGAAAAGCCGAAGAAGGUGACGGGGAGUCGAAUGCGUCGGGUGGUAAAAUGCUGAAAAUCCUUACACUCAUGAACGAAGGCAACCGAAGUGAGCUUGAUCUACGCAAGUUCAUGUUUGAACGUGAGUUGGAGGAACGCAAGAAAGACCGCGAACGUGAAGUUGAAGAACGCCAACGUGAUUUUGAGGAGCGCAAAAUGGAUCGCCAACGUGAAGUUGAGGAACGCAAAAAGGACCGCGAGGUCCAGAUGCAGCAAAUGCAAGUUAUGCAGUGCGCUAUGACUACCGUGUUCGAUGCACUAGUGAAGAAGUUGUAG